GGCAACACUGAUUACUACAGCUGUUUGUUGUUGUCCCCACAGUUGUCCUAUGAUUUUUCAAGAUUUGGAUAAAUCAUUAUUUAUUUUCUAAUGAAAUAAAAAGGUAAAACUGAAAGUUUUCAUAUUAGGUGUCCAAUACUGUAUUUCGUUACUCAAACAAUAUGAUGCGCCAGUGUUUUUUGAGGUGUCUUCUGGAUACUCAUGCACCGAUCAAGCUAAUACACAAUGUGGAAACAGUUAUAGGUCGCAGUAAAGCUACUAAAAUCAAAGAUUCUUCUUGCUCGAGGCAACAGGGUACUUGUUCCUCUUUUACAGUAAGCCUCAAAGCUGAUUGUAUAGAAUGUUCAGUUGAGCUCACGCAGUUGGGUGUAAAUCCGUCAGGGUUAGAUGGGUUUGCUCUGAAAAAGAAUGUUCCAUACAAAGUGGGCCAUGGCAGCAAAGUUGAGGUCCUUCUAAAUAACUAUAUACAUAUCAUUGAGUUCGAUCCACCUCCCGAAGACGGUGAAAAACCGAAACACAGCAGCAAAAGGAAAUUAGAUGAUGAAGAAACAACUACUGCACAAAGUAAGAAAAUGAAAGCAGAAAACUUAGACACUGGUUCAGAACAUAUUGAAGAAGCAUUGGAAGACACUUGGGAUGAAAUAGAUAGGGGUGAACUCUACAUAUUCACUGCAAAGGGGGUUAAACCAAGUAAAAAGAUAGCAGCUUUUGAUAUGGAUGGCACUUUAAUCAAGACAAAGUCAGGCAAAGUUCAUCCAGUAGAUAUAAAUGAUUGGCAAAUAGCUUUCCCUACUGUAGCACACAAGUUAAAAGAACUAUUAACACAAGACUACAAAAUAGUAAUCCUUAGCAAUCAAGCUCCAAUAGGAAAUGGUAGAGUUAAAAUUAAAGAUUUUAAGAAGAAAAUUGAGGGUAUUACUACAAAACUCGAUGUCCCUAUUCAGGCAUACAUAGCAACUGGAAAAGGGUUUUAUAGGAAACCUGCUACGGGAAUGUGGAAAAUAUUAACUGAACGGAAAAAUGGUGGCCUAGAAAUAGUUAAAGAAGAUUGUUUCUACUGUGGUGAUGCAGCUGGACGCACAGCAAAUUGGGCACCUGGCAAGAAGAAAGACCAUUCCAUGGCAGAUAAACUUAUGGCUGAAAACCUGGGCUUAAAGUUUUAUACCCCAGAGCAGUUUUUCCUAGGCCAUUCUAUUGCAAAUGUGCCGAUGAGCAAACCUGAAUUUAUUCCCAAAGAUGUUAAAUCAGAGCCAUUUAAUGACAAUCUGAUAAGUACUAAAAAGGAGAUUCUCGUCUUUGUGGGGUACCCUGGCAGUGGCAAAUCAUUCCUGGCUAAGCAAAUAGAAAAAAAGUCGAAUCACCAAUAUGUGGCCGUAUGCAGAGACGUUCUUGGUAGUUGGCAGAAGUGUGCUGCUGAAGCUACAAAACUUUUAGAGAGAGGAAAAAGUGUAAUCGUGGACAGUACUAACCCAGAUAUCGAGUCGCGGUCUCGCUGGACUUCUCUCGCGAAACAAAUGAAGGUGGAGUGCCGAUGCGCCAAGAUGGCCGCCACGAAGGCGCACGCGCAACACAACAACAAGUUCAGGGAGCUCAUGAAGAUCAACCACGUUCCAGUCAAUGACAUCGUCUUUCAUACUUACAAGAAUAAAUUCACGGAUCCCACGCCAAGUGAAGGCUUCACAGAAAUAAUUGAAGUCAAGUUCAAUCCAUGUUUUGAAGAUCAAGAAGCAGAAAAAAUAUAUAGGAUGUAUUUAUUAGAAAAGUGAGGUAUAGUAAUUUAAACAACUGUUAUAUUUAAUGAUUCAGCAUUUAUUUUUAUUGCAAAAAGACAUGGGCUUACGACACUUGAUGAUUUGUAACAGCUUUAUUCUAAUUGUUAUUAAUAAAUUUCUUUAAUUAUUA